AUUCCUUUUUGUUCUCUUUGGGACGAGAAAUAACCUACUUAACUCAGUGGUUAGAGUAUUGCUUUCAUACGGCGAGAGUCAUUGGUUCAAAUCCAAUAGUAGGUAGAACUUAUUAGAUACGCAGUAUCUAAUAAGUUUUUUGAACCACCCUCUAUUUAGUUUUUUGAUUUUGCAUUUUUUCUAUUUUCUUUCUGAAUUUCUUUUAGUUGCAUCAAAAUUGGGAUUUGCUUGAUUGUAUGUGAUAGAAUCCAAAUAGGGUUUGAAACCUAUUUAUUCGAACGUACUAACUUAGUUAUCAAAUCAAACCACAUUGAGAGCCUCUACUCGUGUCCUAGCUCGGCGGAGCGCUAGAUUUGCUUCAAUUAUUUGUCUCUUUCCUUCAGCCUUUUUCAAAUUAGCUUCCGCUAUUUCAAGAGUUUCCUGAGCUUCUUGUGCAUCAAUGUCACUACCCUUCUCCGCAUCAUUUACUAAAAUGGUUAUGUCAUUAUUGCCUAUUCUAGCAAAACCGCCCAUCAGAGCCAUUGUUAACCAUUGGUCAUUAAGACGUAUUCUUAAAAUACCUAUAUCUACAGCUGUCGCAAUAGGGGCAUGAUUGGGUAAUACGCCAAUUUGACCACUAUUAGUAGAUAGAAUUAUUUCUUUCACUUCUGCAUCCCAAACAAUUCUAUUAGGGGUCAGUACACAAAGAUUUAAGGUCAUUUCUUCAAAUUGUUCUCCAUUUCUAGGUUCAUAGCCUUCGCGGUAGCUUCAUCGAUAUUACCUACUAAAUAAAAGGCUUGUUCAGGAAGACCAUCUAACUCGCCGGAAAGAAUCAAUUGAAAUCCUCUAAUUGUUUCUGCCAGACCAACAUAUUUCCCUGGAGAGCCAGUAAAUACUUCUGCUACAAAGAAAGGUUGUGAUAAGAAACGUUCAAUUUUUCGCGCCCGCGCUACGAUUAAACGAUCCUCUUCGGAUAAUUCGUCUAACCCAAGGAUAGCUAUAAUAUCCUGAAGUUCUUUGUAACGUUGUAAGGUUUGUUUCACUUUUUGCGCGGUUUCAUAAUGUUCCUCACCAACGAUCCGAGGUUGAAGCAUAGUUGAUGUUGAAUCUAAAGGAUCAACUGCUGGAUAGAUACCUUUGGCAGCUAAUCCUCUUGAUAGUACGGUAGUAGCAUCUAAAUGUGCAAAUGUCGUAGCAGGCGCGGGGUCGGUUAAAUCGUCCGCAGGCACAUAAACCGCUUGAAUAGAAGUGAUGGACCCCUCCUUGGUAGAAGUAAUCCUUUCUUGUAAAGAACCCAUUUCAGUACUCAGUGUCGGUUGGUAGCCCACGGCAGAAGGCAUUCGACCCAAUAAGGCCGAGACUUCGGACCCUGCUUGGACGAAACGGAAUAUAUUGUCGAUAAAUAGAAGUACGUCUUGUUCAUUAACAUCUCGAAAAUAUUCGGCCAUAGUUAGGGCAGUCAAACCAACUCUCAUACGAGCUCCUGGCGGUUCGUUCAUCUGACCGUAAACGAGAGCCACUUUUGAUUCUGCAAUAUUUUCUUCAUUAAUCACUCCAGAUUCUUUCAUUUCCAUGUAAAGAUCAUUUCCUUCACGAGUACGUUCGCCCACUCCUCCAAAUACGGAUACGCCACCAUGCGCUUUGGCAAUAUUGUUAAUCAAUUCCAUAAUGAGUACUGUUUUACCCACCCCAGCUCCGCCAAAUAGUCCUAUUUUUCCACCACGGCGAUAAGGGGCUAAAAGAUCCACUACUUUAAUUCCAGUUUCAAAAAUGGAUAAUUUUGUAUCUAACUGUAUAAAGGCGGGCGCAGAUCUAUGAAUCGGAGCUGUUGUACUGGUAUCUACCGGACCUAAAUUAUCAACAGGCUCCCCAAGCACGUUGAAAAUUCGUCCCAGAGUUGCUCCCCCUACUGGAACACUUAGAGGGGCCCCGUGCCAAUCACUUCCAUUCCUCUCGUUAGACCAUCUGUGGCACUCAUAGCUACAGCUCUAACUCGAUUAUUUCCUAAUAAUUGUUGUACUUCACAAGUUACAUUAAUUGGUUGACCAGCAAUAUCUUUACCUUUAACUACCAGGGCGUCAUAAAUAUUAGGCAUUUUGCCUGGCGGAAAGGCUACAUCUAGUACUGGUCCGAUGAUUUGGACAAUACGCCCCAGGUUUUUUUUGUCAAGCGCCGAAACCGCAGAACCAGAAGUAGUAGGAUUUAUUCUCAUAAUAAUUAAUAAAGAAAAUAUUUUUGCUAAAAUUAUCGAAUUCAAACCAAAAACAAAUAGGUGAUAGCGAGUUGAUCGGUUAAUUCACUAAGCCAUGAGAGUUAGCAACCCAUUUGGUUGUUACCAUUCAAUCGAAUCCAAUUCAAUUCUUUCAAUAAAGAAACAAUAAAAGAAACAAUGAAUUUGAAAAGUCAAUCAACCUAUUAUUUCCAAUUUUUAGAAUCGCAAACAGAUGAAUAAGAAUCUUGAGAAAGCCUUUCAUUUGUUUAUCAUUAUAGACAAUCCCAUCUAUAUUAUCUAUUCUAUGGAAUUCGAACCCGAGCUCUGUUUACAUUACGAUUCAUUAAUUUCUAUCCGAUUCAAAAAGGUAAAUUGGGUUGCGUUAUAUAUAUGAAAGGGUAUACAAUAAUGAUGUAUUUGGCAAAUCGUAUGGUCUAAUAAUCAAACAUUCGGAUUAGUUGAUAAUUUAUUUUAGUAUUGGUUGGGAAUUUUGUGAAAGAUUCCUGUGAAAAAUUGCAUUAACAACGAAUUCGUGUCGAGUAGACCUUGUUGUUGUGAGAAUUCUUAAUUCAUGAGUUGUAGGGAGGGAUUUAUGUCACCACAAACAGAGACUAAAGCAAGUGUUGGAUUCAAAGCUGGUGUUAAAGAGUACAAAUUAACUUAUUAUACUCCUGAAUACGAAACCAAAGAUACUGAUAUCUUGGCAGCAUUCCGAGUAACUCCUCAACCCGGAGUUCCACCGGAAGAAGCAGGGGCCGCGGUAGCUGCCGAGUCUUCUACUGGUACAUGGACAACUGUAUGGACCGAUGGACUUACCAGUCUUGACCGUUACAAAGGACGAUGCUACCACAUCGAGCCAGUUCCUGGAGAAGAAGAUCAAUUUAUUGCUUAUGUAGCUUACCCUUUAGAUCUUUUUGAAGAAGGUUCUGUUACUAACAUGUUUACUUCCAUCGUAGGUAAUGUAUUUGGGUUCAAAGCCCUGCGCGCCCUACGUCUGGAAGAUUUGCGAAUUCCAAUUGCUUAUGUUAAAACCUUCGAAGGGCCGCCUCACGGUAUUCAGGUCGAGAGAGAUAAAUUGAACAAGUAUGGUCGUCCCCUAUUGGGAUGUACUAUUAAACCUAAAUUAGGUUUAUCUGCUAAAAACUACGGUAGAGCAUGUUAUGAAUGUCUUCGUGGUGGACUUGAUUUUACUAAAGAUGAUGAAAACGUGAACUCUCAACCAUUUAUGCGUUGGAGAGAUCGUUUCUUAUUUUGUGCCGAAGCCAUUUAUAAAUCGCAGGCUGAAACUGGUGAAAUCAAAGGGCAUUACUUGAAUGCUACUGCAGGUAACUGCGAAGAAAUGAUCAAAAGGGCUGUAUUUGCUCGAGAAUUGGGAGUUCCUAUCAUAAUGCAUGAUUACUUAACAGGGGGAUUCACUGCAAAUACUAGCUUAUCUCAUUAUUGCCGAGAUAAUGGAUUACUUCUUCACAUUCACCGUGCAAUGCAUGCAGUUAUUGAUAGGCAGAAGAAUCAUGGUAUGCACUUCCGCGUACUAGCUAAAGCGUUACGUAUGUCUGGCGGAGAUCAUAUUCACUCCGGUACUGUAGUAGGUAAACUUGAAGGUGAAAGAGAUAUCACUUUGGGCUUUGUUGAUUUACUGCGCGAUGAUUAUAUUGAAAAAGAUCGUUCCCGCGGUAUUUAUUUCACUCAAGAUUGGGUCUCUAUGCCGGGUGUUCUGCCUGUGGCUUCAGGAGGUAUUCACGUUUGGCAUAUGCCUGCUUUGACGGAAAUUUUGGAGAUGAUUCCGUACUACAGUUCGGUGGAGGAACUUUGGGACACCCUUGGGGUAAUGCGCCAGGUGCUGUAGCGAAUCGAGUAGCUCUAGAAGCAUGCGUAAAAGCUAGAAACGAGGGGCGUGAUCUUGCUUCUGAGGGUAAUGAAAUUAUCCGCGAGGCUGCUAAAUGGAGUCCUGAACUAGCGGCUGCUUGCGAAGUAUGGAAAGAGAUUAAAUUUAUUUUCGCAGCGGUGGAUACUUUGGAUAAAUAAUUUGUAAUUUCUUUUUGUUCUCUUAGUUGAAUUGAACUUUAACUCGGCCCAAUCUUUUACUACAAAGGAUUGAGCCGAAUACAAAGAUUCUAUUGCACGUAUUUUCGAUAAAUACAGACUUAAUCUAAGUAGAGAAGAUGGUAAAUACAAAGUCGACGAAUUAAAUCUUUCUAGUGAUAUCUUGGAUCCACAACGAAUCUUAUGGAUUCUUAGGGUUGGUAUAUUCGUUUCUUGAGUUUACUUGAAACAAAACAAAAACUUUUCUACCCAUCCCGUAUAUUGUCCCUUUAUUAGUUAGUUCAUAGACGACAUUUUUCAAAAAAAAAGGAUUUCUAAUCAUAUCAUUUUUUUAGAAAGACUUAGAAAGACAAGGGUUUAUAGUAUAUUCAUAUCACAUUUGGCAGAGUCAUAUCAUAAGUAUUGCUGUUGAUUUACACAAAACAACAAAGAAUUUUGUUCAAUACUCAAACGUUAGUUACUAAUGAAUUCUAGUAAUUGGGUUUCUCUGUUUAUUCUGAUAGGAAAUAAGGUAUUCAACUAAAUAAAGAAUUUUGUAAAGAAUUUUGGAUCGAAUGACUAUUCAUCUAUUGUAUUUUCAUGCAAAUAGGAGGCAAGAAAACGCUAUGGAAAAAUGGUGGUUUAAUUCGAUGCUGUUUAAGUUUAAGAAGGAGUUCGAAUGCAAGUGUGGGCUAGAUAAACCAAUGGACAGUCUUAGUCCUAUUGAAAAUACCAGCGAAAGCAACGAUACGAAUCUAAAAGCCACGACUAAAAGGAUUCAGGGUUGGGAAGGUCGUCAUGAUUCUAGUUACAGUAAGGUUGAUCCUUUAUUUGUUGUCAAAGACAUUCAGAAUUUUAGUCCUGAUGACCCCCUUUUAGUUAAGGAUAGUAAUGGAGACAGUUAUUCCAUAUAUUUUGAUAUUGAAAAUCAAAUUUUUGAGAUUGAUAAAAAAGAAUUCUUUUCGGGGUGAGCUAGAAAGUUCUUUUCCUAGUUAUCAGAAUUCUAGUUAUCUCAAUGAUGUAUCUACGAUUGAAGAUACCUACUCGAACUCUAAUCGGGACAUGUAUGAUACUCAAUAUAGUUGGAAUACUCAUAUUAAUAGUUGCAUUGACAGUUAUCUUCAAUCUCAAAUCGGGAUUGAUACGGACAUUGUAAGUAGUAGUGAUAAUUACGGCGAUAGCUACAUUUAUAGUUCCAUUUAUGCUGAAAUUACAAAUAAUAGUGAAAGCGAGGGUUCGGAUAUACUAACCCACGCGACGGUUAAUGAUUUUACUUUAAGUGAAAGUUCUAAUGAUUCCGACGAUGUAAGUCAAAAAUAUAGGGAUUUGUGGGUUCAAUGCGAAAAUUGUUAUGGAUUAAAUUAUAAGAAAUUUUGAAAUCAAAAAUGAAUAUUUGUGAACAAUGUGGAUUUCAUUUGAAAAUGAAUAGUUUGGAUAGAAUCGAACUUUUGAUCGAUCCCGGUACUUGGGAUCCUAUGGAUGAAGAGAUGGUUUCUUUGGAUCCCAUUGAAUUUCAUUCCGAAGACGAACCUUAUAAAGAUCGCAUUGAUUCUUAUCAAAGGAAGACAGGAUUAACUGAGGCUGUCCAAACCGGCAUCGGCCAACUAAAUGCCAUUCCCGUAGCAGUUGCGAUUAUGGAUUUUCACUUUAUGGGGGGUAGUAUGGGAUCCGUAGUUGGGGAAAAAAUUACCCGUUUGAUUGAGUACGCUACCGAUAAGUGUCUACCUCUUAUUAUAGUAUGCGCUUCAGGGGGGGCGCGCAUGCAAGAAGGAAGUUUGAGCUUGAUGCAAAUGGCUAAAAUUUCGUCUGCUUUAUAUGAUUAUCAAUCAAAUAAAAAGUUAUUUUAUGUAUCAAUCCUUACAUCUCCUACUACUGGUGGGGUGACAGCGAGUUUUGGUAUGUUGGGUGAUAUCAUUAUUGCCGAACCCGAUGCUUACAUUGCUUUUGCGGGUAAACGAGUAAUUGAACAAACAUUGAAUACAACCGUACCCGAAGGUUCGCAAGCGGCUGAAUACCUAUUUGAGAAGGGUUUAUUCGACCUAAUUGUCCCACGUAAUAUUUUAAAAAGUGUUCUGAGUGAGUUAUUGGCGUUCCAUGAUUUCCUUCCUUUGAAUCAAAAUUCAAUAGAGAACUAAGUAAAAUUUGUUAUUAUUUUUUUUUUAGCAAAUGAGUAGUUAGUUUAUCAGAAUAAAAGUAAGUAAGAAUGGAAUUUUUUUGUUUUCAUACGAUCUAACUGUAGAACGAAUCAAAAGGGUUGGAUAAUUUUGAUUAUUAAUCAAGAAGUCUUUAUCCAAAAAAGGUGCAUUCUUCAAAUUAGGAAAAAAACAAAUUUCGUCUUAUCGUACAGAUAAAAAAAAAGAACAAAAAGGUAUUCUAUUCUACUGCAUAUCUUUCGUGUAGAAGGAUUCGAAAGAUGAAUAAGUUCAUUUAGUUAGUUCUCCAUUUAUUGCGUUUAUUCUAUAUAAUAAUAUUAACUUAGAUAUUUAACUAUAUAUUUAUCUAUUAUAGAUAUUAUAGAUAGUUAGCUCUAUACUAAGAAUUUCCAAUUGACUUAAAUUCAAAUUAAUAAGAAUUAAAUAAUUAUAAUUUAUAUUUAUAGUAUAAAAUAUUUGGAUUUAUAAAUAAACAACAAAUAACAGGUACAAAUAAUAAAUUGAGGAACCCAUUUUAUGACAACUUUCAGCUUUCCUUCUAUUUUUGUGCCUUUAGUAGGCCUAGUAUUUCCGGCAAUUGCAAUGGCUUCUUUAUUUCUUUAUGUUCAAAAAAAUAAGAUUGUUUAGAUCUGUUGGGGCGUAAUUUUCUUCGAUUUGUUUUCAAAACUAUGAUUUGGAUCAUAACACGGAUACUAGUUAAUUGAAUUCGGUAUAACAUGUGAUUUUUGCCGCAUAUAAUAUAAAGGAAAGAAUUUGAAGGCCUGCAUAUAAACAUGAUAUAUGAGUAAAUGAAUUCUAGCUGUUUUCAAAUCGAUCAUGACGCCGGAUGGCUGAAAGAGAAAGCCCGCGGAUCUCUAUCUAUCGAUCGUAUAUCUAGAGUGGGAUCAUAUCAUACAUAUCCUAAAGGAAGGGGUAUAUUAUGAUUUUAGCUCUAACAAAUUUCAAUUUGAUGACUUACUGCCCUUACUUGUAAAGGGGUCUAGUGCUAGUUGAUGAGAGUUACUUGGGAAACAAAAAAAGUAAAGUCAAAUUAAUUUGAGGUAUGCUCUAAAUUCUAAUAAAAUUUAAUUGGAUCAAGUAUGAGUUGGCGAUCAGAAGAUAGAUGGAUAGAACUUAUAACGGGGUCCCGCAAAAUAAGUAAUUUUUGCUGGGCCUUUAUCCUUUUUAGGUUCAUUAGGAUUCCUAUUGGUUGGAACUUCGAGUUAUUUUGGUAAAAAUUGGAUAUCUUUUUUUCCCCAGGGGAUCGUGAUGUCUUUCUACGGAAUCUCGGGUCUCUUUAUUAGCUCCUAUUUGUGGUGCACAAUUUCUUGGAAUGUAGGCAGUGGUUAUGAUCGAUUUGAUAGAAGGGAAGGCAUAGUGUGUAUUUUUCGUUGGGGAUUUCCUGGAAAAAAUCGUCGCAUAUUCCUGCGAUUCCUUAUAAAAGAUAUUCAGGCCAUUCGAAUAGAAGUUAAAGAGGGUAUUUCUGCUCGUCGUGUUCUUUAUAUGGACAUCCGUGGACAGGAGCCAUCCCUUUAACUCUUACUGAUGAUAAUUUGAUUCCACGAGAAAUUGAAAAAAGGGCUGCCGAAUUGGCCUAUUUCUUGCGUGUACCUCUUGAAGUAUUUUGAGAAAUCAGUGGAAAAGAGGCGCCUUUCUCAGUAGUAGGGAAAAAAGAAAAGAAUCUUUUCGACAACAUAACACAAAAUUUAGGUGUGAAGUUUCAUCAAAAAAAGGCCCAUUCGAGCCAAAGCGGGCAGAACAACACUAAAAGGAAACCCCUUUUGUGGUUUUUUAUACGUAUGAAAAUCGAUGAAAUUUCAUUCAAACAAGUAAAAAAUCGAAAUAAAGAAAUGGAUCUUUUUUGUUAAGUUUUAAUAUAAUUGUUGGAGUUGGAAUUGCUACUUUUACUUUAGAUCCAAAGAUCCAGAUAAAAGCUCCAGAUCCAGAUAAAUCCUACCUUGUAAAUUGGUAAAUUUUUUUUCAAUGGACGUUUGUUUUUGUCGUUUAUUUUGUGUUCUUUAAUAAACAAUCCACAACGAACAACUCAAUUUCAUCACUAGCCAAUUUGGGUUUUGUUUUGUCACGUUGAUUAUCGUAAUCGCUUCUUUUUCAAUUAUUCUAUUUCUAUUCCUGACUGUGAGUAAUCCGUUAAUUUGUUUUGAAAUUGAAAUAUUGGCUAUUUUGUUUUGAUACAACAGUUUCGUCUCCAAAUUUAACUAAUAUUAAAAUUAAUAUUAAGUAGUUUUAGUUAUUUUAGUUAAAAAGGCUAUUUCCAUACUUCAUCCAAAGGAGACAAUUGUUGACUGAUUGAGAUAUCGUGAAACAAUAUUUGUUUAGUAUUUCUUCAUUCGAAAUGGCUUAUUAGUUGAUUUCUUUAUUCUUUCUAGAUUCAAUAACAACAAAGAAAAUAAAUUGAAUUUAUGGGUUUCAUAUCUUGUAUAUAACCCAUGCGUCAAAGAAAUAUUUGAUGCGUCAAAGAAAUAUUUGAUUUCAUAGAGUCAACAAAUGAGGUUGGUUGAUUAAAAAUUCGCCGAUCAAAAAAUGACAAAAAAAAAAGCAUUUACUCCCGCGUUAAAGCUUCUAUUUAUAGUAUUUUUGCCCUGGUGCCUUUCCCUCUCAUUUAAUAAAAGCCUGGAAUCUUGGGUCACUAAGUGGUGGAAUGCUGGGCAAUCCGAAAUUUUUUUGAAUGAUAUUCAAGAAAGGGGAAUUCUAGCAAAAUUCCUAAAAUUAGAGGAACUCCUCGUCUUCGAGGAAAUGAUCGAGGAAUAUUCGGAGACACAUCUACAAAAACUUCGUAUAGGAAUCCAAAAAGAAAUAAUUCAAUUAAUCAAGAUACACAAUGAGGAUGGAAUCCAUACGAUUUUGCACUUCUCAACAAAUAUAAUCUGUUUUUUUCUUCUAAGCGGUUAUUCUAUUUUAGGUAAUCAAGAACUUGUUAUUCUUAACUCUUGGGCCCAGAAAUUCCUAUAUAACUUAAGUGACACAGUCAAAGCUUUUCGAUUCUUUUAUUAACGGAUUUAUGUAUCGGAUUCCACUCACCCCACGGUUGGGAACUAAUGGUUGGCUCUGUCUACAAACAUUUUGGAUUUGUUCAUAAUGAUGAAAUUAUAUCGGGUCUAGUUUCCACUUUUCCAGUCAUUCUGGAUACUAUUUUUAAAUAUUGGAUUUUUCGUUAUUUAAAUCGCGUAUCCCCUUCGCUUGUAGUUAUUUAUCAUUCAAUGAAUGACUGAUAGAGGAUCUACUUAAUUAUUUUAUUAUUAAUCGUUUGUUACUUUGUAGUUGUACCUACCUAAAUCAUUAAAAAUCGUACUUAGGCUUUCUAUUUCGACCUAUUGAGUAGGGUCAUCUUAGAUUAUUUCAACUAAAAUAUUAUUCCAUUUAAUUUAUUUUCCAAUAACUAGCAGAAUCGUGGAUAGGAAACUAUACUAGUGACUUACCCCAUUUAUUGUAGAAAUUUUGGGAUCAAGAUUGGACCAUGGAAACUAGAAAGACUUUUUAUUGGAUAAAGGAAAAGAUUACUCGAUCUAUUUCUGUAUCGAUCAUGAUAUAUAUGAUAACUCAGACAGCCAUUUCAAAUGCAUAUCCUAUUUUUGCACAACAGGGUUAUGAAAAUCCACGCGAAGCCACUGGGCGUAUUGUCUGUGCCAAUUGCCAUUUAGCAAGUAAGCCCGUCGAUAUUGAGGUUCCACAGGCGGUACUUCCUGAUACUGUAUUUGAAGCGGUUGUUCGAAUUCCUUAUGAUAUGCAACUGAAACAAGUUCUUGCUAAUGGUAAAAAAGGGGGUUUGAAUGUAGGGGCUGUUCUUAUUUUACCGGAAGGGUUUGAAUUAGCUCCUUCCGAUCGUAUUUCUCCAGAGAUUAAAGAAAGGAUAGGCAAUUUGUCUUUUCAGAGCUAUCGCCCCAAUAAAAAAAAUAUUCUUGUGAUAGGACCCGUACCCGGUCAGAAAUAUAGUGAAAUCACCUUUCCUAUACUUUCCCCGGACCCUGCUACGAAGAAAGAUAUUUACUUCUUAAAGUAUCCUAUAUACGUGGGCGGGAACCGAGGAAGGGGUCAGAUUUAUCCUGACGGGAGUAAGAGUAACAAUACAGUUUAUAAUGCUACAGCAGCAGGUAUAGUAAGCAAAAUCUUACGAAAAGAAAAAGGGGGAUAUGAAAUAACCAUAACAGAUACGGGUGGACAAGAAGUGGUUGAUAUUAUCCCCCCAGGACCAGAACUUCUUGUUUCAGAGGGCGAAUCCAUCAAAUUUGAUCAACCAUUAACGAGUAAUCCUAAUGUGGGAGGGUUUGGUCAAGGGGAUGCAGAAAUAGUACUUCAAGACCCAUUGCGCCUCCAAGGCCUUUUGGUCUUCUUGGCAUCUGUUAUUUUGGCACAAAUCUUUUUGGUUCUUAAAAAGAAACAGUUCGAGAAGGUUCAAUUAGCUGAAAUGAAUUUCUAGACUUGCGGUUGCGGAUUUAUUGACUUUUUACUUUUUUCCUACUCGACUGGGACUUUUGUGUCCAGCCAUAAUCUAGAGAUUUUGAUAUGUAGAUUUUGAAGAAGGCUGUUGGGUUGGGUUUUCCCUUUCUUAGCUUUUGUUAUGCAAAAUGGUGUGGUUUAGUUAUAUUACUACUGUUAUUUUUCAAUAUCAUAAAAUGGAUCAAUAAUUUGAUUUUUGAUUCACAAUCUAAUCCAAUUGGAUUAAAUACUAGGCAGAAGUAAUUGGUUAUGUUAUAUAGAAAGAACGGAUAAAUGCGGGAAACGUAUAAUGCUAGGAGAGAGUAUUCGUCUUCCGAGUAGUCUUCGACACAAGAAAGGGAAUUUUCGAAACUCUUUCUUGUGCCGAAAGAGUAAUGAUUCUUAAUCCUGUUCUUCAAUGAUUCCUAGUCUUGUUUUUGAAUUUUUACAAUGUAUCAGAAAAUUUUUUCGAGUUAUUAUGAGAUAAUAUAAGAAUAAGAUAAGAGGUGGUGGGCAAAUAAAAAAAGUAUGAUUCUUAGGAACUCAACGGGUCUGUCCCCCUCAAAUCAGACAAAGAAAGAGGGGAAUCCCGCCGAGUUCUUACGCUUUCAUGUCUCGAACUCAACUCAUUCGAUUACUAUAGGGAUGAACCCAAUCCGGAAUAUGAACCAUAAAAGAAAACACCUAUUAACCCGAUCACAAGAAUACCAGUUACAGUACCUAUUAUCCAAAGAGGAAUUCUUCCAGUAGUAUCGGCCAUUUAUCCCACUUCACUCCGUAUUUCAUCAAGUGUUCGUGCUAGAGAGACAUAAACAGUCAUGGAUAAUUAUUAGAUGAGAUCCUUCCGAAUGCGCUAAGAGAAUACCUAGAAUUCUUAUUGGAUUCUCUUUCGUUUUCUUAAUUGAAGAAAUAAUUGGAAAAUAAAACCGCAAGUACAAAAAUGAGUAAUAACCCCCAGUAUAGACUGGUACGAUUCAAUUCAACAUUUUGUUCGUUCGGGUUUGAUUGUGUCAUAGUUAAGUUAUAAAAUUCGGAUAUAGGUUUAUCGUUGGAUGAACUGCAUUGCUGAUAUGGAUCCCAAAAAGAAGACGGUAGGGACCGCCAGUCCGUGAACAGCCAACCAUCGUACUGUAAAAAUUGGAUAGGUUCGAUCUAUAGUCAUUAGGCCCUCCUAAAAAGAUCUACUAAAUUCAUCAAGUUGUUCCAAAGAAUCAAAACGACCAGUUAUUAAUGGAAUUCCCUGUCGAUUUUCUGUGAAAUACUCGUUUGGCCUAGGGCUUCCAAACACAUCAUAAGCUAAACCGGUGCUGACGAAUAGCCAACCCGCAAUGAAAAGGGAAGGUAUAGUAAUGCUAUGAAUGACCCAGUAUCGAAUACUGGUAAUAAUAUCCGCAAAAGAACGUUCUCCUGUGCUUCCAGACAUGCUGAGCUCCACAUAUUCUUGUACAGUCAAAUGGGAUUGAUAUUGAUUCCGUAAAAAAUGAGAUCAGUAAAUGUCAAUUUACUGAAAUCUCAUUUUAGUGAGAUCGUCAAUAUUGUACCGACGGCGUCUUUAGAGUAUACCGAAUCAGUAUAAUUAUCUUUCUUCUGACACAGCAACGCAAUUUUAAUCAGGAAGUGUUAAAUAAUUUCUUUUUUGCUUUACUUUUAUUUAUUGAUGUAAAAUGUUGCCCCGUUCAAUAGAUCAAUAGACAAUUUUUCCAAUGCAAGAGAUUAUUAUAUUCUUACCCUACUUUAUUCUAUUUAUUUAUUAUAUUCCCAAAUGGACCUUUAAUUUUUGUUCUAAUUUUUUUGUUAUUUAAAAAAAAAAUAGGUGUGAUGCAGUCUUGUAUUUGAUGAGGGUCCGAGCAUUUAUCUGCGAGCAUCGGUCUUUCAAAUAGUAAAUGCAAAUAUCAAAUUGGAAACCUAUAAAAGCUAUAUUAUAUGAUUGUCUAAUAAAUUUCUUUUUUCUCAGUUGUUCAAGAUAUUAUAUUAUCUGAAUGAACCUAUUGCUGUAUUUAAUGAGUUAAACGUAAAGUAAAGUAAAAAGUUUUAGUUUUUUUUCUUAUUCUUAAGUUUACGCUUGGCUCUAAAAUCAACAAUAGAAGAAAUGAUCAAAAUCGAAACUAGGCCAUACUUACUAAUUUUAAAAGAAUUUCGUUGUUGAAUGAAGUUAUACGACCCAUCUCGUAUGAUUAGUUUAUCAAAAAGUUAUUCAAAAGUUAUUCAAUGAAUUGGUUGAUUAAAAUUCCAGAUGGGUAGAUGUUACAGAUGCUGCAUUUUUUUCAUUUUAUUUUUAUCUACUUCUUACUUUCGCUUUCUUCGUGCCGUCUAUAAUGAUAGAUGAAUAACAAACCUUCAAUUGAACUUAUUCUUUCAAUUGGUAUUUGGGAGUAUCCUCCUAGUUUGGACAAAUUGAAACUUAGGUAAGUGCUUUCUAAACAUAUGUAUAAAAAACUUAUUUAAUUUAGCUCCUUAAUGCUUACUAUAACUAGUUAUUUUGGCUUUCUACUAGCAGCUUUAACUAUAACCUCGGCUCUAUUUAUUGGGUUGAGCAAAAUACGGCUUAUUUAGUAAUAAAAUUACUAUUUGAACUCAGCAAUUCAUAAAACGAAAUCUUUAUGUGAUAUUUUGCUUAUUCGAUAAUUACGUAUUGUCCCAAUUAUAAAUUGGCGGUCAUUGAGAUUCAUAUAAAUUCGUAUUAAUAUUUAGGUAUAGAUAUUCUUUUUUUUCUUUCAAACAAAUUGAAAUGAUUGAAGUUUUUCUAUUUGGAAUCGUGUUAGGUCUAAUUCCUAUUACUUUGGCUGGAUUAUUUGUAACUGCAUAUUUACAAUACAGACGCGGUGAUCAGUUAGACCUUUAAUUAUUUGAUUAAUUACUAUCUCGUUUUUUUUGAUUGACCUCCUCCUUUCUUUUUUUAAUAGACAGGAGGUCAAAAAUUACUAUUGCUGUGCGAAUUACUGAACUAGAUCUACUCAGUCUAUCUAAUUUUGACCCUGAGACUAAAGAAUCACGCUCUGUAGGAUUUGAACCUACGGCAUCGGGUUUUGGAGACCCGCGUUCUACCGAACUGAACUAAGAGCGCUUUCUUAUCCGAAUACACUAGAAAAAGGGCUUUAUGGAUAGUAUCAUAAAAAUGAAAGAUUCUGUUUGAUUUGAAUUGAUCCCAGGCGAUCUCCCAUUACUGCUACUUUGAGCAGUAAUGACUAGGGAUGACAGGAUUUGAACCUGUGACAUUUUGUACCCAAAACAAACGCGCUACCAAGCUGCGCCACAUCCCUUUCAUUGUUCUACAGUGUCAUUGUAUAAAAUUACUAUUUUUUUUUCCACAUGGUUAUUUCGUCCAUUGAUAUACAUAAUUUUCUCCCUUUUUAGUCUUUUUGGUCUCAUUUCACUUUAAUAUUAUACUUGGCUUUUUCAUAAAUGUGUAGCAAUAUUUUUUUUUAGUUUUAAGAUUUUAUGAAAAGGCAAAAUCUUAUUUAACGGAUCAUUGUACAAUGAAAUUUCACUUAAGGAUUAGGUGUGUAAUUUUAACUGAUCCUUAACUACAUAUGCGUCUGAUCAUAUAUGCAUUAUCUUUAUUUUAAUUUUAUGUAUUACAAUAAAUAAAACUAAAAGGGGGUUUUUCAAUGCGAGAUUUCAAAACAUAUCUCUCCGUGGCACCAGUACUAAGUACACUUUGGUUCGGGGCUUUAGCAGGUCUAUUGAUAGAGAUUAAUCGUUUUUUUCCGGAUGCGUUAACAUUCCCCUUUUUUUCUUAACAUUUCCCUUUUUUUCAUUAUAGUUGAAGAUUAAAGAUACAAUCAAUUAUCUGUGACUAACCGCUCUUCCCCUCUUUUCUCUUUUUUACCUUUUGUUGAAUUUGAAUAAGGAAGGAAAAAUAGAAAAUAAAAUAAAUAAAAGUGGAUUCAACAUCUGCGAGACUUGAAUUCAAGUUUGAAUUCGAGAAUUUUAAUUAAAUAAAUGUAAAUGAAUAUUAAUUAUAGAGAAAUGGGGUUAGGUUAGAAUCGAAACUGCGCAGAAUAGAAGGAAAAGGUAUUCCAAGAUAUUUAAAUGAAACCUAGACUGUACUUCGAUUUGAAAUAGAGUUUAGAAAUUUUUGUAUUACUUAUUAUUCUUCUUAUGGCUAGUUAUUUUUAUAUUUUAAUAUGACUUUGAUUUGGAUUGAAAAUUAUUAAUUUCUAUUUUUUUCUUGGUUUCUUGUUCGUUUGGAUGCGCAACUAAAAAAUAGGAAAAAUAGAAUAGAAAGAAAAGAACGAUUCGUGGCCAAGGGUAAAGGUGUACCAGUAACGGCGAUUUUGGAAUGUAACAGUUGGGUUCGAAAAAGUACUAAAGUACUAUAGGAUAUCGAGGAUAUCGGCGGUCAUUUCCAGAUAGAUUACUCAACAGAACUGGCGCAAUGCGGCUAAUUGAUUAGAACUGUGCGCUUAUUGUUACAAGUAUACCAUUCACGAAGCGAUAAAGAAAUAGUUCGAUUUUCAUUUUGAAUUAGAAAAUUCGAGUAGCUUUAACUUUAAAAUGAAGUAGAAUAGAAAAAAGAAAUAGGAUUUUCGAGAUACGGAAUAAACAAAAAAACAAACCAUGGAUAAAUCCAAGCGAUCUUUUCUUAAAUCCAAGCGACCAUCUUUUCGUAGGCGUUUGCCCCCGAUUCAAUCGGGGGAUCGAAUUGAUUAUAGAAACAUGAGUUUAAUUAGUCGAUUUAUUAGUGAACAAGGAAAAAUAUUAUCUAGACGGGUGAAUAAAUUGACCUUGAAACAACAACGAUUAAUAACUAUUGCUAUAAAACAAGCUCGUAUUUUAUCUUUGUUACCUUUUCUGAAUAAUGAGAAACAGUUUGAAAGAACCGACGAGUCGAUUGCUAGACCUACUGGUCUUCGAACCAAAAAUAAAUCGGCUUAAUUUUUCUUCACUUGACUCAUCAUAAGUCAAACGAAGAUUAGUGUUUUUUCGACGAUCUAGAUUUAAUUACCGUGUGGUAAGAAAAAACAAAUCGUAGAAAGCUUUUUUUAUUGAAUGCGUUCAUUUAUUUUGACUACUUUAAUCAUAUUUUAUCAAAUCCUAUUUUAUCAUAGGAAUUUGGAUUCUACCUUCCCGGGGAAGAAACUCCGGGAAACUCCAUUUAAAUUAUUUCGUUAGAUUUUUUAUAAUCUACUUCUUUUAUUAUCUCAUUCGAAAUCAUGGAAAGACAAUUCCUAUUUAAUAUAGCUAUUUGUGCAAGUAUUUUACGAUUAAGAAGUAACUGCCUCUUGUGUAGAUUAUGUAUUAAUUUACUAUAACUAUAGGAUACGAACCUUUCGCGAAUUGCUGCGUUUAUUCGAAUGAUCCAUAAACGACGAAAAUUUCUUUUUUUACUAUCCCGAUCCCGAUGAGCCGAAACUAAAGCUCUUAUUUUCUGUUGAAUAAUAGUUCGAGUAAGUCUUGAAUGGGCCCCCCGAAAGCUUGACGCAAAUAAACGAAUUUUUGUUCUACGUCUUCGAGCUACAUAUCCCCGUCUAAUUCUAGUCAUUGAAUAGAUGAAACUUUGACAAAUUUGACAAAUAACUAAUUGAUUUCUUUUCUUUCAGUUAGUCUUUUACCCCUUCCUAAUUUAGUAAUAACAAAACGGAUGUUUCCAAUGUAUAAACUAAAAAUUCCACUGGCUUUGGCUGCUAUAACCUUCCCAACCACGAUUUUUUUUAGGCAUUUCACUGCGCAAUAAGAAAUUGUAUUCUGCGAUAAGUGUAAAAAAUAACGUAAAUAAAAACUAUAAACGGAUAAAGAGAAAGAAAUCGUGGGUUCCAUCGUUUCUAUGGUGACUUAUUAAACGCUGAGGUCUUCUCUAUACACCGGAGCCUUUACUUUAUUUUAUUUAAUCAACAUUAUUGGUAACUUGUAUAGUUCAUCCUUUUUGGCUCUACCUAUGAAUUAUCUAGUAAUAGGUCUUUCACAACGAGAUCUAGCUAUACAGUAACGGUAUUUAAUUAUGAAAAUUAGCUGGGUAGCUGACCCUCUUAUUCCGUUCUUGCCAGAGUGGGAACCCAAUCUUUAUUUUAAAUAAGCUUUCCUCCGCUUAAUGGACAACCAUUUGUUACCAAUGGAAAAUUGCUUCUCAUAUUGAUUGGAUUUGGACCGAUAGAAACCAUAAAAUUUAUGCAUAAUCCAAUGGGGGAUAGAUUUGAUUCUUUUUUAAAAUAGUUAGUUAAUGUAGUCCCUGCUUCUGCUAUAUCCUAUCCGCUGGUACUGAUGAUUGAUACUGAAAAUGGCUUUUGUGCCAGAUCAUGAUAUGAUCUAAACGAGUCGCGCAUACACCCGAGUACAUGUUCCUCGACGCUGAGGGCAUCCCCGAAGAGCGGGGGAUUUUGUGACCUUUCUGAUUGGCUGUCUUGUAUUUCUAAUAAGUUGUUUAAUAGUUGGCAUACUGAAUUGUAUACAUAAUGUACUGGUUUAGAUUGAUCCUAACCGAAUGAUUAUGAAUUAAAUUGAGAGAUAAAAUUGCAAAUCAAAUCAUAGAUUUGCGUGAAAUUCAUGUUAUUUUCAUUCAACCGCUACAAGAUCGACAAUUCCAUAAACUUGUGCUUCUGUUGCAGACAUAAAAAUAUCUCUUUCCAUGUCUUCAGAUACAACCCAUAAAGGUUUGCCUGUUCUUUGUACAUAAACCCUUGCGAGGGUUUCGCGCAGUUUUAGCAGUUCUUCCGCUUCCAGGAUAAAUUCUCCCGUUUGUGCCUCAUAAAAUGAACUGGCAGGUUGAUGGAUCAUUACCCUGAUGAUAUAACAUAAUAAAAAGUCCCUCUAUCUCGCGGGGUGCUGAUGAAGUCAAGAGAAAAGAAAUAUAAAAAAGAAUAUAAAAGAUAGAAUUAAAUAACCGUACGGGCAUCUUUUGUGCAUUGCAUAUGCAUACGGCUCGACACUCAAAUUGACUCCUCCCUGCCAUUGAAGAAAGAGACGAAUAUAUUAAACUCAGACAGUCAAAUGAUCAAAAUGCCACCCUUCUUUUUUUUUUGGAAUAUUUUAAAAUACUAUACUAUAAAAAUACUAUGAUGGCUCCGUUGCCUUAACUUACUAUAUUACUUAGUAUUUGUUUUCUCUGUAAUUCAGCAAUCCCAAAGUUUCUUUUUGAUCCAAUCCAAUGAAAUAAAAAUAAGUAAAAAUCUUAUUUUUUUGCUACUCUUUACAUAAUAGAAAUAGUGUUAAUGUUAAGAGCCAAAAACAAAAGAGCUUGUGACGCUGAACUGGACGUCCGAUAAAUAAAAUAAGAGAAAAUCGGAAAUAUCCUUUAUCUCAUACUACCCUCUCGAUACAUAAUCUAAUUUGUUGACAAUGCAAAAUUUUAUUUAUCAUAUCGAAUUCGAAGUGCCAUGCUACUAUUACUUAAUAGUCCAUUAUUACUUACUAUUCAUAUUUAAUAGGGCGAAGGCAUAGUCUUCUUUUUUGUUUUUUGUCUCAAAAAACCCAUUGGCGCCAAGCGUGCGGGAAUGCUAAACGUUUGGUAAUUUCUCCCCCGACCAGGAUAAAAGAUCCCAUUGAGGCGGCUAACCCCAUGCAUAUUGUGUGGACAUCUGGUCGCACAAAUUGCAUAGUAUCAUAAAUAGCUACUCCAGGUAUUACCCAGCCCCCGGGAGAGUUUAUAAACAAAUACAGAUCUUUGGUAUCAUCUUCGAUACUGAGAUAUAUCAUAAGACCAAUAAGUUGAUUUGAGAUCUCGCUAUCAACCGCUUGGCCUAAAAAAAGUAAUCUUUCUCGAUAAAGUCGGUUGAUUAGGGUUCAAGUGUAUCCCUUAGAAACCGUACAUGCACCUUUUGAUGCAUACGGUUCAAAACAAAUUGCGAAAAUAAAAAAAGAAUCAAUGUAAUCAAUGUAUAGAUUCCAGUCCUCCUUCUUUUCUGAUAACAGGCUCUUUUUGUCUUCUAACGAAAGGGUUUUUCUUCUUCAAUAGAUAUACGAGUUUUUGACUAGAUAUAUAUAAAAUAAAUUAUAAAAAAAAGAAAAACGUCACUAAACUCAUUGAAUUAACUUCUCAUUGAUGUAUUAUUUCAUCGAAAUUCAAUCCAAAUCACGAUGGUAUUUUCUUGUUACUGAUUGGGUCUGUUUCGCCUUUUUAGGUUUAUGCUCUACUCUGGGUAAAGAUUUGACUGAGUUUUAUUUGUACAUAUAGGACAAAGGCCCCCAUUACCACUUCUUUUUAUUAUGACUUUUUGCCCUUUGUCUUGUAAUGUAUUUCAUACCUUUUUACAUUACAAAUAUUUCGUAACACUAACUCGCUUGACAAAUAAGCCAAAUAGGAAUCCUUUAGUCUAAAAAUAGGAAUCGUAGAUAUGUAGAUAUAUUACCAAUCAAUUGGGUUUUUCUAAACAGAGCCUGAAUACUUCAUUUUUUAAUCCAACCAAGUCAACCAUAAAUUAUUCGAAGCAAUGUAAUAUUAAUCCCCUAAAAUAGAUCUAAAUCUAAUUGAACUUCACGCUCCAAAUUUCUGAUGAUUCACUGAAUCUUUCUUGGGCGAAACAGAGGAUAUCUCGCUCAGGGGAGAAAACGGGAAAAUCCCAUAUGACCCAAUAUGUCUGACAAGUCGCACUAUACGUCAACCCAAGAUGCAUCUUCCUCUCCAGGACUUCGAAAGGGUACUUUUGGAACACCAAUAGGCAUUAAAUGAAAGAAAAAAGAACUAAGUACUGUAUUUCACUUUGAUGGGGAAACGUAACAAAAUGAGUUUAUUGUUUUUAUAAUAUAAUAUAGACUUAUCUCGUAUUUAUUUUAUCCAUAGAUUAGUUUUAUCCAUAGAUUAGAAAAAAUCAUAAAGAAAAAAUGAAUGAAU